CUCCCUCCCCUCAUAAACCACUUACCCCGCCCGCCUCACACCUUCCACUCCAGCGGCGGCAUCCAGCCUGUCCGUCCCGUCCCAUCUGCCCCGACCUGCUCCACCUGGGCCCUGGGACCCAGCGCUGCCGUCACCAACACCGCUGCCAGGCACCAUGGAGGGUCCUCGCGCAGACGUGGGCCGCUGGGGCGGGAACCGCUGGCAGCCCCCUACCACACCUUCGCCAGAGCCAGAGCCAGAGCCAGAGCCAGAGCCAGACAGGCGCUCCCGCAGAGGGGGAGGAGGCCGCUCCUUCUGGGCCCGCUGCUGCGGCUGCUGCUCAUGCCGGAACAGGGGCGACGAUGACUGGGGUCCUGAGCCCUCCGGCUCCAGGAGUCGAGGGUCCAGCUCUCGAGGGGGCCGAAGACCCGAGUCCCGGGGCGGUGGUGUAAACGCAGCUGGAGACGGCACCAUCCGAGAGGGCAUGCUGGUGGUGACUGGUGUGGAUCUGCUGAGUUCACGCUCAGACCAGAACCGACGAGAACACCACACAGAUGAGUUCGAGUACGAAGAGCUGAUUGUGCGCCGUGGGCAACCCUUCCACAUAAUCCUCUUCCUGAACCGGGAAUAUGAGUCCUCUGAUCGCAUCGCCCUAGAGCUGCUUAUUGGAAACAACCCCGAGGUGGGCAAGGGCACCCACGUGAUCAUUCCAGUGGGCAAGGGAAGUAAUGAGGGAUGGAAGGCACAGGUGACAAAAGCCAGUGAACAUAAUUUGAACUUACGGGUUCACACCUCCCCUAAUGCCAUCAUCGGAAAGUUUCAGUUCACUGUCCGCACACACUCAGAGGCUGGAGAGUUCCAGUUGCCCUUCGAUCCUCGAAACGAGAUCUACAUCCUCUUUAAUCCCUGGUGUCCAGAGGACAUCGUGUAUGUGGACCAUGAGGACUGGCGGCAAGAAUACGUGCUUAAUGAGUCUGGGAGAAUUUACUAUGGAACAGAGGCACAGAUUGGUGAGCGGACCUGGAACUAUGGCCAGUUUGACCAUGGGGUGCUGGAUGCCUGCUUGUACAUCCUGGAUCGAAGAGGGAUGCCAUAUGGAGGCCGUGGAGAUCCAGUCAGUGUCUCCCGGGUCAUCUCUGCCAUGGUGAACUCCCUGGAUGACAAUGGAGUCCUGAUUGGGAACUGGUCUGGCGAUUACUCUCGAGGCACCAACCCCUCAGCGUGGGUGGGCAGCGUGGAGAUCCUGCUUAGCUACCUACGUACUGGCUAUUCCGUCCCCUAUGGCCAAUGCUGGGUCUUUGCUGGCGUGACCACCACAGUGUUGCGAUGCCUGGGCCUCGCUACCCGUACUGUCACCAAUUUCAACUCUGCACACGACACAGACACAUCCCUCACUAUGGACAUCUACUUUGAUGAGAACAUGAAGCCACUUGAGCAUCUGAACCAUGAUUCUGUUUGGAACUUCCAUGUGUGGAAUGACUGCUGGAUGAAGAGGCCAGAUCUACCCUCAGGCUUUGAUGGGUGGCAGGUUGUAGAUGCCACACCCCAGGAGACAAGCAGUGGUAUCUUCUGCUGUGGUCCCUGCUCCGUGGAGUCCAUCAAGAAUGGCUUAGUCUACAUGAAGUAUGACACACCCUUCAUUUUUGCUGAGGUAAACAGUGAUAAAGUAUACUGGCAGCGACAAGAUGACGGCAGCUUCAAGAUUGUGUAUGUGGAGGAAAAAGCCAUCGGCACACUCAUUGUCACAAAAGCAGUCAGCUCCAACAUGCGAGAGGAAAUCACCCACAUCUAUAAGCACCCAGAAGGCUCAGAAGCAGAGCGGAAGGCCGUGGAGACAGCAGCUGCCCAUGGCAGCAAACCUAAUGUGUAUGCCACCCGGGAUUCUGCUGAGGACGUAGCAAUGCAGGUGGAAGCCCAGGACGCUGUGAUGGGACAGGAUCUGACGGUCUCUGUGGUGCUGACCAAUCGAGGCAGUAGCCGCCGCACUGUGAAAUUGCACCUCUACCUCUCUGUCACGUUUUACACCGGUGUCACUGGGUCUACCUUCAAGGAGACCAAGAAGGAAGUGGCACUGGCACCAGGGGCCUCGGACCGUGUUACCAUGCCUGUGGCUUACAAGGAAUAUCGGCCCCACCUCGUGGACCAAGGCGCAAUGCUGCUCAACGUCUCGGGCCAUGUCAAGGAGAGUGGGCAGGUACUGGCCAAGCAGCACACCUUCCGUUUGCGCACCCCUGACCUCUCCCUCACGUUACUGGGAGCAGCAGUGGUCGGCCAGGAGUGUGAAGUACAGAUUGUGUUCAGGAACCCCCUGCCCAUCACCCUCACCAACGUUGUCUUCCGGCUCGAAGGCUCCGGGUUACAGAGACCCAAGGUCCUCAACGUUGGGGACAUCGGGGGUAAUGAGACAGUCACACUGCGCCAGACAUUUGUGCCUGUGCGACCAGGCCCCCGCCAGCUCAUUGCCAGCUUGGACAGCCCACAGCUCUCCCAGGUACAUGGUGUCAUCCAAGUGGACGUGGCCCCAGCCUCUGGAGGCAGGGGUUUCUCAGAUGCUGGAGGCAACAGUCACUCAGGGGAGACCAUACCUAUGGCAUCUCGAGGUGGAGCUUAGCCCUGGACCAGGAACAAUGGGACUGGAUCAGAUGAACAAGGACAUUGCCCCAAGAUGGGGGCCCGUUACAGAGCGGCUCACCAGGGACUCAGGUGGGAAGGCUGGGGCACCUGGGAAGGGAGCCAAUCUUCACCUGCAUUGGGUGGCACAGACAAUAAACUUUUUUAAUGAAGACGGUGUUCAGU